AUGUUACUAGAUAAUACAAAGGUAAAUCUCAAACAAUUUCAUGUUAAGUUAUCUUUAUUUGGAUGGAAAUUAAUAUAUGACUGGUCAUUUUCAUUAGCAGCACUUAUUGCAUAUUAUUUACUUAUUUCAUUAUUACCAUUGAUAUUAAGUAUGUUUGCUGUUGUUACUUUAAUAUCUAAUAAUGAUAUUAAUUUUCAAAAUCAAAUUCGUGAUCGUUUAAUAAAGGCAUUUCCUGAAAAAGGUUUAAGUGAUAUACUUGAUCAAUUACUAAAUUCAUUAUCAAAACAAGCUGGCUUAGUGUUUAUAAUUAGUUUUAUUGUAUCAAUAUUCACUGGUUCACGUUUAUUUAUUGGCCUUGAUGAUGUAUUAACAAUAAUAUAUCGUAUACGUGAAAGAACAAUACUUAAUCAAAAUAUUCUUGCAAUUAAAAUGGUUUUAGCAUUUAUAACUAUAAUGCCAUUUAUUAUUAUACUUUCAUCAAUGCCAGCUAUUAUGCAAAAACAUGAAUCAUUUUAUCAAUUUUUAACGACUGUUUUUAGUGGUUUAUUUUCAUUUAUAUUUUUUCAAUUAAUUUAUAUGAUUGUACCUAAACGUCAAAUGAAUUGGAAGCAUACAUGGUGUGGUGCUUUAUUGGCAGCUGUCGGUUUACAAUUAAUUCUUUUAAUUUUUCCAUGGUAUGUGCAUGAAUUUAUGGCUGAUUAUGUUGGUCAAUUAGGUUUCGUAAUAAUAAUAUUACUUUUGUUUUAUUUAUUUGGUUUAUUAUUUGUUAUUGGUGCACAAAUUAAUGCGUUCUGCUUUGACUAUAUUCAACCAUUAGCAUAUGGUCUUGGAACAUGUUUAUGCGAAUUUGCUGAUCAAGAACGAAUGCAAAAAAUAGAUCAGAAUUUUCAACCACAUGAUGUGAUAGUUGAAGGAUUGAAUACUACUCAACAGCAACAACAAGAAAAACAAAUGACAGUAGAUUAG